UUUUGAUUCAACUGCUAGAAUUAAUUCAACGUGGUCUUUUCCAUAGGAAAUAUUCAUAAUUUUUAAACGAUGGAUCUCGCUGAAAUGACCGCAAAUAUGUCUUUACAAAAUAUAAACAGCCGCGUUCAGAAGAAACGAGAAGACUAUAUCGACUGGCGAGAUUAUUUCAUGGCAACGGCUUUCUUGGCCGCAAAACGUAGCAAGGAUCCCAGCUCACAAGUUGGUGCUUGCGUUGUCAAUAAAGACAACAAAAUAGUCGGCAUUGGAUACAAUGGGAUGCCCAUUGGAUGCAGCGAUGACGUGUUCCCGUGGGGAAAGAGUACUCCAUCUCCUUUAGAUAGCAAAUAUCUAUAUGUAUGCCAUGCAGAAAUGAAUGCCAUUGUCAACAAGAACUCAGCAGACGUCAAAGACUGUACCAUAUACGUUGGUCUGUUCCCCUGCAACGAAUGUGCCAAAAUAAUCAUACAGUCAGGGAUCAAGGAGGUGAUUUACCUGUCAGACAAGCACGCACACAAGCCUGAGACGGUCGCCUCAAAAAGGAUGUUUGACGCUUCCGGUGUCAAGUAUUGGCAAUUUAAACCAAAGAGUGAGAAGAUUGAAAUAAACUUCGGUGAUAUUGACUGGGACAGAAUGAGCCCUAGAAAAUGACGCUAAUGUAUUUAUUAUACUGAUAAGGACAUUUCAUAGAUAUUUUUAAUGUGUUACCAUAAUUUGGUAAGGAUGAUUGAUAUUAAUCUUUAAUGAAUAUAUGACAUUUUGUGAGAAAUAAAAUAAUUAAUUCAAUUUUGUAAAAUAAAAUUUUAUUACUUUAUGUACACGAUGACAGAGGUACAAAUACUUCGGUCACACAACUGAAUAGGAAAACAAUGACUGUUCUUAACACAAUUAUGUGGUAAUUAGAGUACAAAUAAAUGUUUAACAUGUGCAUGUUAAGUUCCAGCACAACCAGUGUGCAUUUAAUGACAAUUUGGUGUAUCCAAUUAUUUAAUUAUUGUCCAACUUUACACAUAGGUAAAUAUACUGUCUGAAAAAA